CCACCCCAUCCACCCCCCGCCCCCCACACACCCUUCUUCUAUUCUUUUCUGAAUUCUUCAUCUUUUUCCAUUCCCUUUGUUUCUGAAAACUCCCCAUAUCUCUACUUCUCUCUCUCUUUCUGCACCAUCUCCAUUUGAAGAUCACUCUUUCUCUCUCCUCUUUACCUUUUGAAGCUUAGAGAGAGCUGCAAGUCUUUUCGCCACUUUACAAGGGGAUUUAAUCCCUCCCAGCAAAUCUCCAAGAAAAAAAGAUUGAGGCUUUAUUCGAUCUUUACAGUGUUGUCCCUUUGGAUGAAUUCUCUUCUUCCUUCCUGUUAAUUACUCUCAUGAUGAUGAUGAUGAUGUUCUUUGUCCGAAGAUAAAAAGGAAGUCCAGCAGCAGCUUCCACUUCACUCUAGUACUCGCCGUAGGUUGUAUCUAUCUAUCUAUUAUUACCAAAUCUCCCACAGCUAUAGCUUGGAGAGGGAAUUGUGUCAAUCUCAUCAUCAUCAUCAUCAUCUGCUCCAACUUUUGCUGUCCGUCCGUGUGCUUUUGUUUUUGCACCCAUAUUUUAUUUCACUUUUUCAGACCAUAUCUUUAGAUUAUAAAAUUUGCAAGAGAAACACACACACACACACACACACACCCCCUCGACACUCACAUAUUUGGUUUCAUUACAAGAAAAUCUGAGGUUGCUAGAAAAGAAGAGAGGAGGAAAAAAUGCCCUUAGAAGGGAUUUUCUUAGAGCCCUCUUCAAAGCCAGUUCCUGAUCUUUCUCUCCACAUUAGUCUACCCAACUGCGAUUCAUCCUCGUCAUCAAGAAGCAGCAACACCAAAAACGACGCCGUUUCCAGCUUCGAUCUCCCGGUGAACAUCAGCAGCAAGCCCAAGGGCUGCACUUCCUUCACCGAUCUCUCGUUAGCUCACCCGGCGAACGACGAAAAAGUUGAGCUCUCGAACAGCUUCGGAAGAACUCAUCAAGAACAAGAACAGCCACAAAACCCUUAUCAUCAUCAUCACCACCGUAUCUACCAGCCCAACCACCAGUUAAAUCAUCAUCAAAUCAAUCAUGGGGACUCACCUUUUGAUUCAUCGGACGGAUUACGGCCCAUAAAGGGCAUCCCGGUUUAUCCUAACCCUCCAUUCCCAUUCUUGGCUCUGGACCAUUCCACCAGAGAGAAGGAUCCAAAGAUGCGGUUCUAUCAAAUGUCUUAUCCCUCUUGGUCAUCACCAUCCUCUUCGUCUUCUUCCUCUUCAUCGCCUUUCUUUGGGGGUGGUUUGGACCAUCAUAUGCCAUUGCUGAAUCUGGGCCCUAACGGUUCUUCCACGGCGGCAGCCUACCACUGCGGCGGCGGAGGUGGAGGAAGAUUUAGUGGGCUGUCGUCGUAUCAGCUGCAUCAUCACCACAAUCAUCAUCAUCAGUACGGUAUGGGGGUUUCUCAUCAUGAGGGUUCUCAUCAUGGGAUUAUGCGGUCAAGAUUUCUCCCAAAGAUGCCUGCAAAACGUAGUAUGAGGGCUCCAAGAAUGAGAUGGACCAGUACUCUCCACGCUCGCUUUGUUCAUGCAGUAGAACUUCUUGGUGGCCAUGAAAGGGCUACUCCGAAGUCAGUGUUGGAGCUCAUGGACGUCAAAGAUCUCACUCUUGCUCAUGUCAAGAGCCAUUUACAGAUGUAUCGAACUGUUAAAACUACUGACAAGCCCGCGGCUUCCUCAGGGCAUUCGGAUGGAUCCGGUGAAGACGAUCUCUCCACAAUAGGCAGCGGGAGUGCCGACAGGACCGGCUUGCGGCAGUUCAUGGAACAAAGAGGCCCUUCCGAUGUCUCUCCGCGACAAGAAUCCGAUGUUAACAAUUACCCUGCAGCCACAUUGUGGAGCAACUCCUCAAGCAGUCGAGAGGGUAGCUGGUUACAAACGAAUGCUGGCGAGACUUCACAUAGCCUCAUCGGAUCAACGCCGUUUCCAUCACAGUCGACUUCUGGUCAUCUUAUGAGGAAAGCAGCCUCCAAAGAGCUAUGUAAUGUCCAGUUCUGAUCAUAUGCACGCAGCUUGGAGUUUGAGGAUGAAUUAAGGUGGAAUUUUGGGGGCUUACCAAUCUUUUUCAGGGGUGUUCUCUUUUGUGAAGGAGAAAAGAGGGCAUGAAUAUAUAUUUAAAGAGCCUGUUGUGAUGAAGCAAUUAGGAAAUUAAUAUAUAUUGUAACUUUUUUUUCCCUUUAUUUUUCACUAAAUUUUCCUUCUCUUUCUCACUUGGAUUUUGGAUUCCAAUGAGUUUGCUAAUGUAACAAAUCUAGCUAUUGGAUAUAUUUCUAUUUAUUUUAUUUUAUUUUAUGUGUUUUUACA